GGAAGAAGGAGCAUCCGUUAACUCAGAAAUUCCAAGAAAUUUCCGCUCCUUCGUAGACUAACUGUCCGAGUUAAUGGAGUUCGACUGUAUUUAAUGGUGGAGGUCUGGGAAUUGUAUGCUAAUGAUAACUGAAGCUGAGGCUUCAGUUGGUUUCACUGCUUCAGUAUAUAUACGUGAAAUGUAUAUGUGAGAAAUAUAUUUGUGUAUGUUUAUGUGAAAUCCGUCGUAGUAACAGUCUAACGUAACUGCUGCACAAUCGAAUAAGUUUCAUAUUUAUGGUGAAAAUAUACGAAUUAUAAAGUGAUUGAGAAUAUUUAAAAAGUAUACUUCAUAAAAAGAUUGAAUUGUUUUAAUUAUGAGUGAAAACUUUGCAUUUAAAAAGGAAAGGGGUUAUUCCCACGCAAACAAGUACAAUAUCAUUUACGAAUGGGACAUUGAUGAAAUAUCAACGUCCAUUGAAUUGUCUAAUUCUUCUCGCAAACCUUGUAUAUUAAAGUCACCUAAAUUUUCAACUGGUUCAAGUAUUGCAGAUUCAUGGCAUUUGGAAUUAACGAUGAGAGGUAAUGCAGCAGCAGGAGUCUAUGAAGAGUACUCUGAAGCUUUAGCAGUAGAUUUAAUAUCAGAUAAUAAAAACAACGAAAUCGAAGCAUGUAUUUGAUUUAUAUGUUAGAUAAGACCAAGAUGAUAAAAUGGUCAACAAGUUUUCAAAUACUGGAAAAUCCAUUCUCCAAGGAAGUUUUUGGAUAUCUACCAUCAGACGAAGAGAGCGAUAUGCAGGAUGUUGAAUGGAGUUAUUUCACGGAGUAUAUCGUAAUACCUCGACUAUUUCAAUACAAAGAUACGUUUUUACCAAAUGAUACUUUAACAUUAUGUGUUGACUUAACUGUGUACGAUAAUCGUAAGCUAUCAAGUAUUGCCGCAAUUUCAUUGGAAACACCACAGCAUCAUAUUACUGAUUACUUGAAAGAUCUGUUGGAUACUGAAACAAAAAGUGAUAUUGUUAUAGUAGUCGGUAAUAAAAAGUUUCGAGCACAUAAACUCAUUUUAGGAACUCGUAGUCCUGUAUUUGAUGCGAUGUUAUCACAUGACAUGAAAGAAAAGAAAGAAAAUAAAAUAGAAAUACCAGACGUUGAUCCUGAAAUAUUCAAAAAACUUCUCGAAUUUAUAUACACGGACAAAGUCAGUGACUUGGAUGAUGAUGCUGAAGAAUUAUUGGAAGUUGCAAACAAAUACCAAAUGCAGUCACUUAAAGAUAUGUGUACAGUUUCUUUAUCUCAAACGAUAAAUGUUGGAAAUGCCAUUAGAAUAAUGCUUCUCGCCGAUCGCAAUAAUGUCAAACAAUUGAUGAAAUACGCUGAGAAAUUUAUAAUAAUUAAUUUAAUGAAAAUUAAGAACACUGAAGACUACGAAGCACCGGAAAAAUCUCAUCCAUCUUUAUUUUCCGAUAUUCUUAAAAAAUAUGCAGCUGGAAAUAAAAUUUGAUGCUCUGUAUCAGGACAAGUAUUUCAAUCUACUGGAUAAUUACAAGCUUAAUACUUAUAAAUCACAAACAUGUGAACGUAAAUUUCAUAACUACAGAUUUUCAUAAAUUAUAACUUCAAAAAAUCUGUCUAUCAAUUGACCCUGCGGGCGAGCCCCAAAACUUCCCGCUGUUUUCGAGCUCCUUGAGCUCGAAAACAUUGUUGUGAAUACAUUUUCGAGCUCGAAAAUACUUUUGUAUCCCAUUGUUUUCGAAAAAAACCGUUUUUAGCAUUUCUUUCUCCCACGAUAUCUCACGAACGAAUUGACCGAUUUUGAUGGUUGAGGCGGCAAUCGACGUGUUUUAUUGAGUUCUAGAGCUGAUUAGAUUUUGAAGUCGAUCGUUCGAGCUGUAUCUGAGAAAUCAAUAAAUAACUCAAAAAAAAAAAAAUUUUUUUUCCGUAAUUCGCCAAUAUUUUCGAGUCUAUUUGAUCAAAUGAUCUGAAAUUUUCAGAAAAGUUGAUGGUCAACAAGCUCUUUCGAUUGCCGCCUUAACCAUCCAAAUCGGUUCAUUAGUUAAAAAGUUAUAGACCGGUCACACACACACACACACACACACACACACACACACACACACACACACACACACACACACACACACACACACACACACACGCACACACACACACACACACACACACACACACACACACACACACACACACACACACACACACACACACACACACACACACACACACAUACAUACAUCCAUACAUACAGACACUCGGACAUCAUUCUGAAAAUAGUCAGAAUAGCUUCCUAGGACCUCAAAACGUCGACAUCUGAUGAAAUUUCGAUUUUCGCAAAUCGGGGUGAAAACAAUAACUUCCCAAUUUUUCGAAAAUCGUCGAUUUUCUUAGCGGGAAGUUAAAAAAUGUAAUCAGUAAAUACUACUUCUUUAUUCUGUGAGAUGAUAAUAAUAUCCAUUUAUU